CAACAGUGACAAGCACGAAAAUUACAAAUUUGAUCUGUGAAUUUGAUGAUUCAAAACAAUGCGAACAUGAAAAUGCGAAUGAAUUUCACUAUUCUGUGAUUUUGUUUACGUUUCAUUACACUUAUUUCAAAUUUAAAAUAGUGUAUUUAAGCCGAGGACAUUUUUUAUAAUGAGUGAAAAAGAAAAUGAUAAAGAAGAAAAGAAACCUAUUAUCAUAAAAGAUGCAACAGACUUACAACGAUUGCGGCUAGAAAAAUUAAUGAAAAAUCCGGAAAAGCCAGUUUUGAUCCCUGAGAGGCGAAAAGAAAAGACGCUACCUCCACCACCAGAUUUUGUCCGAAAUGUAAUGGGCUCGAGUGCUGGUGCCGGUUCCGGAGAGUUUCAUGUCUAUAGGCAUCUUAGAAGAAAAGAAUAUGCAAGACAAAAAUGUAUUCAAGAAAAAAGUGAACAGGAAAAGUUAGAUGAAGAAUAUCAGAGAAAAUUAGAAGAAAACAAACGGAAAGCUGAAGAAAAGACAGCGAAAAAAAGAGCAAAGCGAUUAAAAAAGAAACAGAAAGCUAAAAUUAAAGCAAAGAUACCUAAAACAAACACAACUGAAACUAAGACUUCACAAUCUGAGAGUGAAUCAGAUGAUGAUGAUGCUGAACAUUCAGAAUCAACAGCUGAAAAAGAUGAAGUUCAAUCCUAAUUGUAUUGCAACUGUUUAUAUUUAUGUGAAAAUUUUUAUGAAAAUAAAGAAUAAGAGCUAGUGCGCAAGAGCAACUUUUGUCUCCGCAACUAUUUUGUCUCUCCCAUCAACU